GCUUGGAAAAAUAACAUGGCGGCGCUCAGCGUAGAAAAAGGUCCGCUCUUCAAAGUCAUUUUACUUGGGGAAGCUGGGGUAGGAAAGACCUCGAUAUUUUACCGUGCAAAAGAAAACUCGUUUCUCCAACACAGGAAAAACACUGUGGGAAUUGACAGCUUUUCUAUGUACAUCAAGGUUGGCGAUCAACAGGUUACUGUAAGUGAAGUUUCUGUUUGAAAUGAACUGCAAUUCAAUAAUUAUUAAAAUAAGCUUAUAAGCUUAUCUUUUUUUUAGUUGCAUCAGGAACAUGUGAUGUCUUAGCAAUGUAAAUAUAUUCUUUUUUGUAUAAUAUUUUAUUUUCGACGCUGGAUGAUAUAAAGAAUAUACCAUCAACAAAAGCGAACAUAGCUAAUUGCUAGCGAGCAAUUACCCUAUGGGGUCCUGAGUCGAAGGAGCGUAUUACGUAGUUUCUCACAUUUCAUGAAUUAGGACGUUAAAUUAACACUUUUUUUCCAAUCCUUUCCCACGCUCCACAGCGAAAGCCGUCUAUUAGAUCCAACAAUGUCAAGUAAUGACGAUUGAAGUAAUAAUGAAAAAGACAAAAACUAAAGCAAUUAAUUAACAUAUUGCUAAAGACGUUCCAUUUGAAUGAUUACAUAAUAGGGUCUGCACCCUUCUAGCAUUACUUUCUAUUCCCACUGCUACAUUACAAGAGAGAAAGAAUCUUUUAUCUCUCUCUAUUGUAGAGUCUGAUCAAGAAACCAAUGCCUGAAAUGUAUACCUUAUUAUAAGAAAUUAACGCUUCAUGAGAUUAUUGCGAAUUUCAAAAAUUUGCAUUAAUUUUAGUCACAUUAAGAUCUGUAAAUGUUAAUUUCCAUGGUGUCAUUUUAGUGUAGCAUUUAUUUCCGCGACCUUAAUUUCCAUGCUUUUACCCCAAAUUCUCAAUAUACACCUCUGAUGUUCUUGACACCUAAGAAAGAGGAGUAUUAUGUCAGGGUGGAGAUCUGCCAGCAGCAGUUAAACUGUGAAGAACUUGAAGUGGCCAGAUUUGUUCACUUAAUGUUUAAGUUAAGAACCACAAACAAAGUUUCCGUUUCGGAUUAUACGGUUAACUUUGUUCCUGUUGUCUCAACAGGUUUUGUUUCUUUGUAAUCAUAGCGUUAAUUUCCUUCAUUUUGAAAUGUUACCCCCCGGUACCCUCUCUUUUGCGUUAAUUUCCUUUAUUCGAAAUUCAUUUUUUACUAAAUUUGUGUUAAUUUAAGUCGCGUUAAUUUCUAAUACCCUAAUUCCGUGGAGCAUUAAUUUCCUAUCGUAAGGUAUAUAGGGUUUGAUCCACUUAUUGGUUGUCCACUGGAAACUAGUGCCUGGGUACAGUAUCAGCAUAAAAUGGUGUUGUGUUCACACCUUGAGUAUCCAACAUGUAACUGCGUGCACACUUACUUUAUUUUGCCCUGUCAGACACUAUUUUGAAUCAUGAACUUAGCAGCACGUACAAAGCAAUGGACAAUUCCAGAACUAACAAAAACAGUUUGCUCACAGGAACGCGGUGCCCACUUUUGAGCCUUUUUGUACAGGUCACCUCCACCAUGCCUGAAUUCUAGCAUGGGUACUUGAAAAAAAGGUGUGUCCAUAUUGGUGCCCAGCAAGUACCAUACUCGGACACCUUGCUAGGGCACCAAGUGUGAAUACUGCCUUAAGCACAAGUUACAGCAAAAUUCAUCGUAUCGCGCUGUGCAUUUUGGAAAAUUCAAAGGAAUUUUGGUUUUUUCGGUUCCGUCAGUCAUCUUAGAAGACCUCUUAGGAAACACAUGUUUACUUGCAUGAGUUCAAAAGGUCCUGGUUUGUGAUUCGUGAUUGGUGGAUUUCCAUUCGUUUUGUUUGUUUCGUGUUUCAAGUUUCAUUGCUUUGUGAUCAUCCUGUUUCAGGCAAUACUCUGCUAUUUAAGUCUGCUUUGCAGAUUUUUCUGAUCUGUGUUAUUCUUGUCACUUCCAAGAAUAAAGCAAUGUCUGCCUCCUUCCUUCAACAAAAAAUCCACUUACCAUCGCGAUUUCCUUUGCAAUUCUUGAGCAGUCUGGAGUCAUUCUCAGCCAAGCUGUGCGAGCACGUUACGUUGUGAUUUGCAUUAAACCCACCUUCAGUCAAAUAAUUGACAGAACAGAAAAAACGAAAAUACCUUCGAAGAUUAGAAUACAGGCAGCAUGAUACAACAAAUUUCGCUAUGAUAGAACCAGUUUAUACAGGAAAUUAUAACUGGAUGAUGUUCAAGUGAAUCCAGUAUCCUGAGUGACUACUGGAGGGGGCAUAUAAUAAAAUAGUUUUUUGAACAAAUUUGUCCGCCUAAGAUGGCUGAAUAUUGGCCUCAAUCUUUUCCUUUUUUAUUUUUCAUAAGGAACACAACUUCAAAUUGGUCCAAAAAAAGAACUUGCAUGGCCAUUAUCCAGCCUUUUUGGUCCUCACACGUGAUCAGUAAUGCAUAUAGAAACCACGUGACUGUUUGGUGAAAAGGUUUAUUACUAUGAAUGACCCCACCAUAAAAGGUUCUGAUCAAUAAUAUUCUAAAAGUAGAGCUAUAUAAUGUAGUGUACCCGUGAUUUGACCGUGGGAGUGAACGAGAACUGAAUUGUAAUCUCUGGCUUCCUUCUAGUUUUUCUCUGAAUGAAAAUCAGUAAUAUCAUGUCACAAUGUCUGUGAGCUUGAGAUAUGCAAUUGAGUCAGUGGGGGAGGGGGAGAGAGGUGAAUGUGAAUCAUAAACUGUACAUCCAGAUGUGGUUCUGUUGUGGUUCUUAGCAUUGCAUUCCUGUAUUUCAGGCUUUUUCAGUCAAGCCAAGUUAAGCAUACCCACUAAGAUUCCAUGAAUGAAUAGCCUAUUUUACAGUUACAGGUGGAAAUGAGGCUGGAAUUGACCUUGUUUUGAUACAACCCUAGGCCUUCCUGCUUUAUAUUUAAUUUUAUGUAAAUCAUGUGGUUGUUAUGCUAACUUGUAUUUUUUAAGCACAAUUUACUUUUAAAGAAAAGGAAGGAGGUUUGUAUCAAAACAAGGUCAAACUCAACCUCACAUUCACGCAAAGGCUAGGACACUAAGCCCACAACUGUAAAAUGGCCUAUUGAUUAUCUGAGAAUUAAUCUGUUAGCUGUAGUAGUUGUAGAUCUCAGAUUCAUCUCUGCAUUCUUGCAUGCAUGAUUAGCAGUGAAUUCAUUCACGUAGUAAUGAGAUUUCUGGGAGCUGGGUUUCCUAAAUUUUGACACAAAUGUCUUCAUAAUGGUUUUAUGACUUUUAUCCAGUUAAAGAUUCUUUAAUCUGACCAAAUACUGAUAAGUUGUAGGGAAAAAUUCACUGCUCAUAAGGCAUGUAGGAAUGCAGAUUUGAACUUUACACUAGGUAGGGGAAUUAGGACUAACAGAUUUUUUUUGUCAAAUAAUCAAUAUUAUCAUUGAUACAAUCUCUUGGCAUUAAUGCUUGACCUGGCUAGGUUAUAACGUUUUUUUUCUUUUUGUAGCUUGGUGUCUGGGACACAGCAGGAGUGGAAAGAUUUCGCACAAUUACAAAUAACUACUACCGUGGGUCACAUGCUGCUAUCUUUGUUUACAGCAUGGAUGACCCUUCAUCAUUACACUAUUUAGCACACUGGCUUCGUGAUCUCAACGAGUAUUCUCCUGAAGCCAUGAAAAUUCUUGUUGGAAACAAAAAAGACCUGGAAUGCGAGAUAUCCAAAGAAACCAUUGAAUUAUUUAGAACUGCAAAUGAGUGCCACCUAAGUGUUCUUACAUCAGCCAAGACAGGGGAAGGAAUUCAAGAUAUGUUCGACAGUGUUGCACAGAUGCUGGUUGGACAAGGCCAGUAUAAACUUUCUUCAACUUCUACUGUGAGUCUUGAUUCUCCUCAUCCGAGGAGUGGAUGUUGUUCUUGAUGCUAGUAAAACGCAGUGUUGAUUAAGAUGUUAUGGUCAAGCCAGGGUAUUUUGAAUUAGUCAAAUGAUAACCUAUGGCCUAACUUGAGAAAACAGACGACAUUUUGUGACACCACCGGUGGUUUUCCCACGAAAUAACGUCUGAGGAAUG